AGUAAUAUUCGUAGUACGAUACCGUCACAUGCGCAUUACAUCAAUCUCCCGUCUUGUUUUAUUAAAAAUAAAAUUAUCUUCUUGCCUUAAGUCAAUAACAUUUCUUGUUUAUAUAUAAAAGUAGCUCGAUAUUGACUAAAUAUAAUAUCACUAGUAUAUUAUAUAGAGUAGAUUUUUUUUUUGUUAACUGAUACGCGACGCCAUUAUUUUCCGGCAUCUCGACGUCGUCGACGUCCAAAGAUCAGUCGCCGGACAUCGAUUCGUGCCUCCUUGCAGUUUAAUUUUCAACUACUGGAUUCUUGACUUGUCAAAAAGGAUUAUUUUAUCAAUGGAUUUAAUUGUAAACAUUGAUUCUCGAUAUCAAACGUACUUGUGAUGUUUGUUGCGCCGGAAUAAAUAUCCAGGCAACAAAAUGAGUCGUCCAAAAGAAAAAGUUACCAACAUAUUUCGUAAAAUUUUCAAAUCAUCUGCAAAAGAAGGCGAGGGUCCCAGUAAACCUAGUACGUCAGGUACUGGUUCUCCAGCUCGACGUCUCUUACGCGGUUGUCGAGAUAGCGUAGCCCCCGCCGAUAGCUCACAAAGUAGCCCAGCUUUCACCUCCAAAACCAAAAAAGAUGAAAACCACGCCAAGACAGUCCGAGCAAAAAGACUGAUGAAAGAAUUAAGAGAUCUCCAAAGGUUCCAAAAUUCCAAACCGGAUCCAGUGUUUACCGUGGAAUUAGUAGAAGAUAAUUUAUUUGAGUGGCACGUGAAACUGUAUAAAAUAGACAAUGAUAGUGAACUAGGCAACGAUAUGCAUGAGCUGGGAGUAACGUACAUCCUUCUUCAUCUAGUGUUUCCUGAAAAUUUCCCAUUUGCUCCGCCAUUUAUGCGCGUUAUCUCCCCGAGAAUAGAAAAAGGUUUUGUAAUGGAAGGAGGAGCUAUUUGUAUGGAACUCCUAACUCCUAGGGGUUGGGCGAGCGCUUACACAGUAGAAGCUGUUAUAAUGCAAUUUGCAGCUAGUGUGGUUAAAGGACAAGGACGAAUACAAAGAAAAAAUAAAGGCCAAAAAGUGUUCAGUAGGCGCACUGCGGAGGAAAGUUUCAGAUCUUUGGUUAAAACGCACGACAAGUACGGUUGGGUUACACCGAGUUUAUCUGAUGGCUGAUUAGCUCAAAUGACAGUAUUUAUAUAUUCACAUGACAUGUUUUUGUCGGAACAACUGUCGCUGUAUACAAUUAUUUAUAAAACGAAAUCUGAUUCUAGCUAUAUCAUACAAUCUUUCUAUUAAAGUAACAAUACUAGUUACAGCUAGAAUAAGAAUCAAAUCUGGUUGGUUUGUCAUAGAAUUCAUAGAAACACAGUUGGUGUAGACCAUCGAUAACCUGAUGUUAUUUAUUUUGAUUUAAUUGACGCCAUCUGUGUGGAGAAAUCUCUAUUACUAAUUUGACAUACGUCAAAAAAUUUUGCCGAUUUUUAAUGUUUUCAAUAGCGCGAAAUUUAAAUAUUAUUUCACUGUAAUUCAGAACUACUCAGGACUUAUAAAUUUUCAAAUUUAUAUUGUUUAUUGGAAUUUUAAGAUGAUCAUAUUUAGAAAUACGAGGUAUAUCUACGAAGUAAGUUCCGUUUGGUUGUAUAAAAAACGUCUACAUGUACAGAAAAACUAUUUAUUGAACAAUUUUUUGUAUGCCUUCUUGAGUGUUGGCAACCAAGGAAAGAUUUUAAAGGUUGAAAAAAAUGAAAGUCGGUAGGAUAACCUGUAUGAGUUUUGUGCAUUGAUUGUUUUGCCUCGUGGUAAAAAAUUAAUUAGCAAAAUGUCUCUACAGUCCCGAAAAAUGGGGUAAAUGAGUUUUCGAUGUGUUAAAAUUCGCUUAGGCUUAACUUACAUUGAAGACGAUGUCAUUGAUUGUCGUUUAAUAUCUGGGGUAUCGUAAGAUACCCCAAUUUCAUCCCUAUGACAAUCCAAGAAAGAAAACCUUGUUUUUGUGUUGGUAAGUAAGAAUCUUGAGGCCUAACGUGACUGAAAAUUUCAAAAUAUCAGUAAUUAAUGAUAAUUUGGAUAAUAACAAGUGACAGAAAAGAUGUUUCUAUUGGUUACUGCGGUUGUGACGUAAAAAGUAAGUAAAUACUGAAACGUGGUCGCCGCGUGUCGCCUCAAACGCCAUUCUGUUGUUCUGAGUGGAGGUAAUUGGUUGUUUAGUGCGAUUUGUGUUUAUGUAAGGGUUUCAAAGACUAUUCUAGUUGAAAUGAUAGCCGAGAAAGGAUUUAUCGACCUAAAAUAGAUACAUUGGCUGAAAUACGUGGGGUAAAAGCAGAUAAGUAAGUACUACUAAUUAGACUUUCUUAUAGUAACGUCAUUAUCAAAUUUGUUUGCUUGAACUUUAUUAAAAUAUAGUCAUAAAGAUGAUAGCUUUGAAGGUUAUGUUUUGAUUGAAGCUAUUGAUGUUAAAACAUUUGUAUCAUCUUUCAGUGCUGUUUACUUACUUUCUACGUCACAUUCAGUCAUGUGACAACAAAUACGUUUUGGCGCGUCAUUUAGGUAUUUAAAUUUAUUCAUUUCUUUUUUGUGAACUGAUAUACUGUUUAAAAAAAAUUAAAAAAUAGUGUGUAAUUAAGAACGAUAUACUAGACGUAGUUAAGGUAUAAAAAAGUAUGUAAGGACCUUAUUGUGUGAACCAGUUUAUCAGUAACCAAAGACAAACGUCCGCAUCUAAAAUAAAAAUUUAACUUGUGUAAUUUGCAUAAACCGACUAUAAAAUAGAUGAUUUGUGGUUUAUAUCUUCCUAUGUUUGAUACCAUAUAUAAAAAAACCAACCUAAAAAUAUUAAAUAACUCCAUUUGAAUCCAAAAUACGUAAAAGCAGAUGAAGUUUCUUUCUUUGAAUAUUCAUAAAUAAUCAAAAUUAUUACUUUGGCAGUUGUUCCGUAAUUUUAAGUGUAUUUUAAUGAUAUAUACAAUUUGUCUUGCAACUUUUUAAACAUGUUAAAUCGUGUAUUAAACAAUGUGAGACACUAUGUAUAAAACAAUUUUAAUAUUAUCCAAAUAAAAUGAUUACGACUGUGAAAUGUAAUGUUUCUACUGAAAAAUUUUUAAAUUAAUUAUUAAUUGAAUUUUUAACACGUUUUUACUGGUUUUUCUUCCUUAUUGAUUUAAGAUAAGGUAAUUUCGAGUAUUAGAAUUGGUCAGUUUUCUGGUAAAAUAACAUUUCCAUUACUGUAGAAUUACUUCUUAAGCGUUUAGGCAAAGAUUCACAGGUAAAAACACCGCAGGUUCAAAACUAACUAUAGCGAUGUCACGAGAUGAAAUAUCUCGCAUUUUUUUGAGAAUUUCAUCGACUUAGGCAGAGGUUGGUCGACCAAGAUUCAAGUUUUCUGAACUAAACCUGCGGAACCGCCGUAAGGCACUAGGUACCUCGCAAGAAGGACCGAUGACAGCAUAGCUUCCAACAUACUUCGAGGCAUUACCGUUCCUAGAAGCGCUGUGUGCAUUUUCAUCCACUCCUGGACAAGCUGCGUACUUGGGUACUUAGUUAAAGGAAUAGAGUUGGGAGAAAACUUAAAACUAUAACUAAAUGAAAAAAAAAUUUGGAAAGAUAUGACUCCCUACGCUAUUCAAAUUUGAAAAAAAAAAAUAUUUCACAGAUACGUAAUUGUUAUAUAUGGAUGACUGAUCUCAAUAACAAAUCCGUUCCGUGUAUGUGUCAAAAGUAGAUUUUAGAUAACAAUUUAAGGCUCAAAAAAACAUUGUAAAAAGAACUAAUUAUAUUACUUACCCGAAAGGUUUUAAAAUGUAAACUCAAUUCUUAAUGUUUUGGUAAAUGAAAAACUCAAGCAUCGAAGAAGAAUAUUUUUAUUUAUCAUCAUUUAAUACAAUUCCAGUUUGGAUAUUCGACACAUUGUACAUUCAUGAUGAAUAUUUAGUAAAUACUAAUACUAAUUCAUUCUCAAUUUGACUCAAAUAAAUCUGGCAACAAUGAAAUCAGCUCACAAAACGCGGUAAAUGUAGACGCAGCAGUGAAUGUAAACCCUCGUUCCGUGAUAUUCAUGACAGAUCUACUUUACAUUUUUUAAGUUAGGGAAAAAUGUGAGGUUCGGCUCCUAAAAGUAGUUUAGAAUAUUUGUUUGUUUUUUCGCUUCGUAAAAUUGUUUUUUUAUACCCGACAAUGCCUAUAUAAUGUUUCACCUGUGAAAAUAUGUUCUCUGUCAGAUUGUCUUCUGACGUCACAAAUUACACGACAUUAUCUCACUUGAUAGUAAAAAAGUUUCUUCAGUGUAAACUUUACUUUAUAAUACCUUCUUAACUUUGGAAAAACGAACCAAAAAAAUUAAACAUUGAGAAAUAUUAACUUUACCAAGAUGAAAGCUUUCAUAAGAUGGCUACACGUUUGUUGUGAUUUGUGACGUCAUACAAUUAGAUUGUGUGGGGUUAAUGAAAGUAGAUCGUCUUAUUUUUUUGUAGAAGAGUCUUUGACGUCAAUGCACGGAACAAGGAUCUAUAUUUACCGUUUCGUGUCAAAUCAGUACCUUCAAAUGAAAAUCGAACCUAGUCUUUUAGGACUUCAAAAUAUAUCGAUUAUUUCAAAUCGAUUCGAUUUCAAAUCCCAAUAAAAAUGUAUUUCAGUGAAAAAAGUAUAUUCUAAUUACUAGAAAUCACUAAUGUUGUGAACAUACUGUACGAGGUGUGGUUAUUAAAUAACUAGACUGGUGAUAUAAAAUAUUUCAUCUCAAUAUUAUGUAUAUUUAUUUAUUAUCACCUUCAACAUAUGUCCCUCACGCAGAUUUGAUUCUUUACCUUUUCUAAUAAGUUUUAGUCAUUUUCAAUCACAUUCAAAAUGUCAACACAAACAUCUUCGCGAGCUUCUUGUUAUUCAAGGUAUUAGUUCUGCACACAAUUUUCAUGUAACACAUUUUUUGUCAAUUUCUAUAGAUUCAACAAUCGCAGGCAAACUUAACCCACAGUCAGAUCGAAUAAGAUUGUCUUCAACGUAUUCUCGGCCAUCUUGAAAACCAGUCAAAAACCCAUCGACGCGACAAACAUUCAUUUUUAUAUACUUGUUUCAAUAAAUUAUAAGUUUUUUCAAGUUUCAUGAGAAAUUUCACAACAAUCAGUUGAUUUAUUUUAACGGCAAAACAAAAAAACAAACGACGAUUACGACUACGCUGGUUUAUAUACAAACACGGUAGAGAUCGCAUUCAAGAGUACGCUUCAAGGUAAACAGCUGACGGUCGUUAAUCUUUAACGCAUGCGUAGUUUUUCUAUAACAGCGCUAGUCUCGUUAUUUAAUAGCCACACGUCGUGUAUACACCGCAUUAGUAGUGUAUUUUUAUUAUUAAAAAAAUGUGUCUAAUAAUUUGGUAUUUGCUGGAAAAAAAUCAAGUCUAGAUGUUUAUAAUUUUUAAUCAAAUGUUUAAUACUGUGUAUUUCAAAUGUUAUCUUCAUUGUAAUGUUCAAUUUUUAAAAAUUGCUCAGUAUAUAUUUUAUAUAUAAAUCUUUAGAUAGUUGUUUAGCUUUUCAGCUUUUAUAUAAGGUAGUUCGGAGUUAUGUUCAUUAAUUUCUAGAGCUGACAGUACCGGGUGGGCAAUGGAUUAUAUUACAGUUUCAAGAAUUUUUAUAAACUUGAUGUUACUUAAAUUCUAGAAGGCGUUGUUUCAUAUGUUUUAUAUAUUUUAAAUAUUGUGAUUUUUCUUGUAAAUUUGAAACAUAAAAGUUUGAGUAUGUCUUUUGAAAGUAAACUAAAUUAACAUUAAGACAGGGAAACGUAAAGCUUAUAUUACUAACAAUGGGAAUAAAUAAUUAAAUGAACCAUCUAACAGAUCUUACAAUUCUCGUUGGAUCCAGGAAAUCCAACAUCAGGGUCGUUGAUCGUAAAUAUAUAGUGGGGAAUUCUAAGCGGCCAUUUUUUUCGAAUGACAUAGUUUUAAUGGGCAAAAAUACAUUCACAGAAACGAAUUGCCACUCCUUUUAGAAGACAUACCCUUUGUCAUUCGUCGUGACAUGUUCUUACGACAUGAUGGUUGCUAUGUUUGCCAUUUUUUAGAUCAAACGUACCCUAUUGGGCCACCCAGAUCUCCAGACCUAACUUCUUGUUUGUUGGGGCGAAUAAAAGCUCUCGUUUACACCAAUAGAUCCACGACAAGAGUUGAUCUGUCUUAUCCACUCAUCGGCGUCUGAUUUCAUAUAGAGAAAAUGAUGGAUAAUAAUUUGAACACCUAGGGAGCCACUAUUUACGUAGCUAGUUAUCUAAGUUGAUAACUGUUAGAUAAGUUACAUGGUUUAUUUAAUGACCUAACCUAACUUAGCCAAUGUAAGAACUUUCCAUCCAGAAUAAAUUUCUAAUUUCCGUUUGAGCGAACCAGCCCAAUAGGCGUUUGAAGAAAAGGUUAUAACAAUCGGGCUUACAGGCAUUUUAUUAUAAUAAGGUUCCCACUCUCUCCUACUUCAUAUUUGAAAAGAUAUACUAAAGCUUGCUGAAUAAAAAAUGCACAGAAAUUAUAGAGGAAGUUGAUUAUUGUUCAUAAAUUACUACUUAAUUUGGUAAAUUUCGAAAAAUUUAGCUUAUUUAAUUUCAUAUCUGCAGAUACGACCUCUAGUAGUGGACCUAACAUUCUGAAAAUAAUUUCCACGUGUUUUUAGUGCACAUGAACAAAAUUUUUCAAAGUUUUCGGGUCAAAAAUCGCUGCAGCCACCACAGUAACAUUUCCUCUCGAUUCAUUCUAACCAAACCAAAUACCAGAUGUAAUUAGGAAAAAAUGUAUGUGGAUGUAUCAACUUUUUCACUCAGUAUAGUCAAGAUUCAGACUCAAAAUAUGAUAUCCAUAAUUAAAACGAUUUGGAUACACAAGGUUCACCUCUUUAAAUACUUUUAAACAAAGUCUACAUUACGCAGUACCCGUAUUUAUAGAGAUACUUUCAGUUUUAGAAAUUAGUGUAUAUUAUUGUAUUUGUAGGGCAGUUGAAAUAUUUUUUAUAAUUUAAAAAUGAUUAGUUCAAACCUGUGUUUCAUAAAAUAUUGUAGGAGCAAGUCAAAAUAAUCAAAAACUCGAGCAUACACCACAGUUUUAACUGCCCAACUUAGUCCAUUUGCAGUAUUAUACUUUUCUAUGCAAUUAAAGAUAUUUUACUGUUUGUUAUUUCAUUUAUAAGUUUAAUUGUUAUAUAAAUUUUGUCUUCCGACAUAAAUAUAUUUUGUAAAUCAUAAUUUUGUUAGUAUUUUUCAGAAAAAAACGUGAAAAUUUGUUAAUAUAUUGAUGUCAUCAAUGUUAUGAAUAAAUGUUUUUACUAA